AGCCAAUUGGACCAUGUCUUUGUAUAAACAUGAUAUUUGUGCAAUAAGAAAUGUUGCUUUAAUUCUAAUGAAGAUUGCUGGUUUGUGGAAACCUAUUGCCUGCAUUGUUUUGUAAGGAACUAACGAUUGGUUUGAAUGUGCCGUCUCUUGUAGUAUCCCGUAGUUGCUAUGGAGUCUUCAUACACAGAAGAAGCGGAAAUCCCUCUACAGAUGUAUUCUACGGAUGAUCUGGAUCCAGCCCAUGACUUUUGUGACCCCAUCACAGGACGGGAGUACAUCCCCAUGUCUGAGCAGGAGACGUCACGUAUUAGCCACACCCUGGAGCAGCUAUGGAGACAGAGAGAGGAGCAGGGGCCGGCCUUACAAUACCUCCCUGCUGACGCACAAGUAGAAACUAUUGUGUCUGCCAUUGAAAAGCACCCGGUGGUGGUGAUUGCUGGUGAUACCGGAUGUGGUAAAACCACCCGUAUUCCUCAGUACUUGCUGGAAGACACAAUUCUUAGGGGGCAGGGGUCCCACUGUAACAUGAUAAUAACACAGCCACGCCGGAUCAGUGCUGUAUCCGUGGCUCAUCGUGUAGGUCAUGAGCUGGGGCCUGGACUGAGAAAAAAUGUGGGCUACCAAGUGAGACUGGAAAGUAUGUUGCCCCCUCGUGGUGGUGCCCUCUUAUUCUGUACAGUUGGAAUUCUUUUAAAAAAGCUGCAGAGUAAUCCCACACUGGUAGGAGUGAGCCACGUUCUUGUAGAUGAAGUCCACGAGAGGGAUGUCAAUACAGAUUUCCUUCUCAUUUUGUUGAAGAGGGCACAGCAACUCAAUCCCCAGCUGAAAGUGGUACUGAUGAGCGCCACGGGGGACAAUGAAAGGAUUUCCACCUAUUUUAGUGGUUGUCCUAUAGUCCGUGUGCCAGGCUUCAUGUACCCAGUGAGGGAGAAUUACCUAGAGGAUGUCAUGGUCAUGCUGGGGAAUUCGUCCUACCAGCCCCCUGAGGUCGAGGUAAGUGUGCCCACCUUAUACUUGUGUGUUCUGCGAACAUUCUAAGGAAAGCCUAGGUAGGUUACACUGUAAUGCCAUUCCAACUGGAUUAACGUUAAUAAAAUAAUAAAUGGAGGCCGUGGCCAUUAACAGAAUGUGAGCUUACUUUGUUAGAUUGAGCACGGCAGGGAACAUAUAAUGUACAAAAUAGUCGCAGUCACCUGAAACAGCUAUACAUAGUUGUGUUUUUUUUGUUAAUUCAAUAUAUUUUUAUGGUAGAGUGUGAAGACUGGCACUUGUCUAAUAACUAUUGGUGACAUUUAGCCCUGGUGAAUAGGGCAUGUGUUGGAUUGAACUGAUGCUGGACUUGACGCAAUGAAUGUGCGGCUCCUCCCCUCGCGCAGACACCUAGAAACGAUUUCUCUUUUUUUCUGUUUUCAGGAGACUGAGGAAUGUGCUCCAGACUUGGAUUUAAUAAGUAGAUUGAUACUUCAUAUCGAUGAACACAAACCGCCGGGUAAGAAUGUCCGUAAUGACGCGUUUCACACCUGUGCUAGACAAUGUGUAGUUACUAUUAUCCUUAUUAUUGCAUUAGGAUUCACCAAACGCUAGAUUUACUGAAUUAAAUACGUAGUGGUAUUUCUUAGGCCAAACUAACUGAUGUGGAAGCGUUCUCUGACUGGGCUUACAUAUUGAUUAUUUCAGUUAACUAGGAUUCCGAGUUUAGUGAAUACAUUUUAUUAGUUUGUAAACACAAUUUAUUUAAUUAAAUGGAAAAUCUGAACGUUGAUUUGAUGGGUACAGGGGUACCGUCCAGUUACCUGAUUCCGAUUUAUGAAUUCGGAAAUGUGGAGAACUGAUAAGGGAAUUUGUGAAAAUAUCCAAAAUGAAGAAUCGUACUUUGUUUUGUAUCUCGUGGUCUAAACAUUUCUUUGUUGAUUCUCCAACAUUUUACAAUUUAAUGAAUGACCCAUUACAUCAACCCCUGACUUAGCGCCACUAAGUCCUCAUAAGUGGUUGUUCCGCUGUCUUCCUAAAUUUGCCCUAGUGGGUACACUAUUACAAGAAGGACACACCUUCUCUGUGACUUAAUUGCCAGCAUGCUGGGUCCUGAAGGGAGUGACAUUAGUCACUGUUCCUGUACUCACUAGCCAAUAUACAAUAAAUUGUAAACAGCAUAACAAGCUUCCUGUAAAUGGCAGGUUCACUAAAUUUGCUGCUUUGGCCCCUUUUGACGUCUUGGAGUCUGGGGAUUUUGCUGAAUGUUUAGAGUCUCCUAUUAUAUGCCCCUGGCUGUAGUUGCUGCGGUGUGACUCCUGCACUGUAGCUCCUGGCUGUAGUUGCUGCAAAUUAACUCUUGUGCAGUAGCUCCUGGCUGUAGUUGCUGCAGUGUGACUCUUGAGCAGUAGCUCCUGGCUGUAGUUGCUGCGUUGUGACUCUUGCAAUGUAGCUCCUGGCUGUAGUUCCUGCGACGUGACUCCUGCACUGUAGCUCUUGGCUGCAGUUGCUGCGACGUAGCCCCUUGGCUGUAGUUGCUGCGGUGUGACUCUUGUGCAGUAGCUCCUGGCUGUAGUUUCUGCAGGGUGACUCUUGUGCAGUAGCUCCUGGCUGUAGUUGCUGCAGUGUAACUCUUGUGCAGUAGCUCCUGGCUGUAGUUGCUGCAAUGUGACUCUUGCGCAGUAGCUCCUGGCUGUAGUUGCUGCAGUGUGACUCUUGCAAUGUAGCUCCUGGCUGUAGUUGCUGCGGUGUGACUCCUGUGAUGUAGCUCCUGGCUAUAGUUACUGCAAUGUGACUCUUGCGCAGUAGCUCCUGGCUGUAGUUGCUGCGAUGUGACUCCUGCACUGUAGCUCUUGGCUGUAGUUGCUGCGACGUAGCUGUAACUCUUGCGCAGUAGCUCCUGGCUGUAGUUGCUGCAAAUUAACUUGUGCAGUAGCUCCUGGCUGUAGUUUCUGCAAUGUGACUCUUGUGCAGUAGCUCCUGGCUGUAGUUGCUGCAGUGUGACUCUUGUGCAGUAGCUCCUGGCUGUAGUUGCUGCAGUGUGACUCUUGUGCAGUAGCUCCUGGCUGUAGUUACUGCAAUGUGACUCUUGCGCAGUAGCUCCUGGCUGUAGUUGCUGCGUUGACUCCUGCGAUGUAGCUCCUGGCUGUAGUUUCUGCGAUGUGACUCCUGCACUGUAGCUCUUGGCUGUAGUUGCUGCGACGUAGCUCCUGGCUGUAGUUGCUGCGGUGUGACUCUUGCAAUGUAGCUCAAGGCUGUAGUUGCUGCAAAUUAACUUGUGCAGUAGCUCCUGGCUGUAGUUUCUGCAAUGUGACUCUUGUGCAGUAGCUCCUGGCUGUAGUUGCUGCAGUGUGACUCUUGUGCAGUAGCUCCUGGCUGUAGUUGCUGCAGUGUGACUCUUGUGCAGUAGCUCCUGGCUGUAGUUGCUACGGUGUGGCUCCUGCAAUGUAGCUCCUGGCUGUAGUUCCUGUGAUGUGACUCCUGCAAUGUGAAUCCUGUGCUGUAUCUUCUCCCUGUAGUUACUGCAAUGUGACUCUUGUGCAGUAGCUCCUGGCUGUAGUUGCUGCGACAUGGCUCCUGCAAUUUAGCUCAAGGCUGUAGUUGCUGCAAUGUGACUCUUGUGCAGUAGCCCCUGGCUGUAGUUCCUGUGACAUGACUCCUACGAUGUAGCUCGAGGCUGUAGUUGCUGCUGUGUAAUUUUAUCGCUACGCUCUAUCUUUUUUUAUCCUUUUGUGCUUUUCAGGUGGGAUCCUCUGCUUCCUCCCAGGGUGGCAGGAAAUCCGUGGGGUGCAGCAGAGACUGAUGGAGAGUCCGAAGUAUCAAAAGGAUCGGCAUCUUAUUUUACCAGGUGGGCAAGCACUGAUGCUACCUGUGGCGGAUACUUGGGUAGGGACACACCACCAAAGAUGCUCUUUCCUAUUCUCUGGAUCUCCGUCAACACUGUCUUCGGUGAUUAUAGCUGUGUAGUGUGAUCUAGCUCUCCUCCCCGACAUUAGCCGAGACAUAAUGCUGGGAGUAGCCUAGUUUAUUAGGGCAAGGUACAUGCAAUUUAUACACAGACCCCCAGCAUGGGGUCUUCAUACAUUUCAAUAUAAACUCCUCCCGAGCGUCCCUGUGUCUGGGAGAUAAUUGAGUCAAACACCGGUAACUCAAUUAUCUCUGUUACAGGGACCCACACAGAAAAUACCCCAAAACACAUACAAUUUCCCCAGGAACCUCCACAAAUCUUAUAUCCCCAGAUAGCCCGGAUCCGAGCACCCAAGUUGUCCAAUUAGUGCUCAGAUCAGUUCGGUUGAACGGAAUCGCCAUCCGGAUAAUGUUUUGACUGAUCGUUCAGGAAUUCUUGUGGGUAUACAAACAAAUGUUCCUUCCUGGCUCUAGGGAGCAAAUGUUCUGUCUGUCCGUGCGAACCUUUUGACCAAAAGGAGCUCUCCACUCGGCGGUACACGUUGAGCGGUGUUCACAAAUAGUGUGUCCGAUUUGAGUUCCAGGUGUUCGACGUCAGAGUACUAAUGCUUGCAUUCGCUAACACAAAAUGGCGGCCACUUAAGAGAACACUUGAGUUAACAGGUUCAAAAAGGUUAACGAGCCAGGUGGUGGUCUGGAUAUGGGUGGUAUAAAAGGGAAUAACGGGACUUUGUUCAGUAACCGAACAACAGGGGGAAAAAAAACGAAUGAACAGAGUACACGUAGUAACAGGGUGGUCCGUGCCCCAACACCAACAUUACCUCUUACAGGGUCACUAAUAUAGAGGGUCAUGGGUUAUGUAGAAGGGAUGCCUUUUGUGAAUAUUUUUAAAAAAACACUGAAGUCCAAGCUGUAUUUUGAUGUGUCUGAAAGUUCUGUUGUUAAAUGAAUGCCAUGAAAUGUUGUCAUCGGAUGUUGCCAUAUGUUACAUGUAUGUGGCUGGAUUUGUUUGUUAUUGUGUGUGUGUUUGUGUGUAUGUAUGUGUGUGUGUGUGUAUAUAUAUAUAUAUAUAUAUAUAUAUAUAUAUAUAUAUAUAUAUAUAUAUAUGUAUGUGUAUUAUUAGGCAUCUCAUGCCCCAUUGGAUCUAAUGCUUGUAUUAUGUCACACACACCUCGCUAGCCCCAUCCCACGCUGGGUCUCCUAUGACCCCCAUACUACCUUCGAAACUCAGUCUCUUUGUGGAGUAUUUCACCCCCUAUCUCUGUUGUUUGUGUUUUAUUUCUCCCCAGUUCAUUCCAAUAUUCCAAUGAUGGACCAGCAGAACAUAUUCCAGCGCCCCCCGGUGGGAGUCAGAAAGAUUGUCCUGGCGACAAACAUCGCCGAGACAUCUGUAACCAUCGAUGACAUUGUGCACGUAGUGGACAGCGGGAUGCAGAAGGAGCAGCGCUAUGAUCUCAAGACAAAGGUGCCUCAAUUGAGCUCCAUGUGGCACAUAUGGUGCAGUGAAAUGGAUAACAAUCAAAUUCAGAUCAACCCCUCACCUUAUCCUCACACACUCCCUGAGCUCUACACACCUCCUAUAACCCACACUACCUGA